AUUAUUAUAAAUGCUGCGAUCGUUCAACUCGAUCUGAUGGUUGUCAAGUAGUUUAUGAAUGUUGUGAGGGUGAUAUUAAUAGCCCGGGAUGUUCUGAAGUUUGUUUGGAAUGUGGCGAAAACAGAAGUGAAGCUGUAGGAUGUUCAGAACACCAACAGCAUGACUUCGGGCCGAAUGUAAAGAAACCUCUUCGUCUAUGGGCUUAG